AAGAGAAUCCGGGUUGCAGCGCUCUACACUCCUGCUGCCACACUCUUUUCCUCUUUUUUCUCCCUUCCUUUUCCUUGUGUCUGUGGAGAAGAAGGGGGAAGAGGACGGAGGUGGAAGUGGGGUUCGGGGAAGUGGGAAAACCCUAGAUCAGGAUCAGAGGAACUCAGAAACCCUAGGCGUCGGAGGAGCUUCUCCGGGAUCUCCCACUUCCCCUGUUGCGAGGUCUCUGGAGUUGCAGAGGAGGAAUCAAGUGGUGCUUGCUUCGUAAUCUAAUUUUGCUUGCUCUUGCGGUAAUACUACUUGGUAUAUAGUUCCCUUUACUCUGAAGCCGUGAGAAAUUGGACAAAUACUACGAAUCCUUAAGGUUUGAGAGAGGAACAUCUUGAGAAACGCACCAGUUUGUCUAAAUCCACUGCGAAUUUUGGCAGAUUUGCUAAUAUUAGUUUGUGAAUUUCACAAAUUAUACCUUGGUGAUGUUAAAGAUUCAAUGGAGAUGGAUAGGAUUCCCGAGCCGAAAAUGCUCCCUGUAAAGCUCCCUGCGAUUGCCCAGGCCCCCGAUUUAAGAGGUAUUAGAGGUGCUUCCGCUGUGAAGAAUUUGGAUCUUCCAGUUCUUACAAAAGAAUGGAAAGGGAAGAGCGCGAAUCCAGAACGCAAGGACUUGACUGCCGAGGCAGAAAGCUUUAGGAGCAUCGAUUCGUCCGAAGAAGGUGGGCGGAGCUCUUUCUCAGGCGCGAGCCAUCCACCUGAGCCUAUUGAUAUGGAUCUAAUGAAGACGGUGUAUGUAGCCAUAGACCAAGAGAAAUCGCAGGUCGGCUGUUUGAUGAAGGGCCUCUCUGUAAAAGGUCCUUUCAUAGAAGAUCUUUCGAUUAGAGUUCAAGGUGUGAAAGCAAAGUUGGGAGUUCCUUCCCCUGCUGAGAGCUUGAUUGAGGAGCCUAGUGAAUUGGGCGCGCCAUCUUCUCCUUUCGCUGUUCCUCGACCCUCUCAGAACAUGGAAAAUGCAUUCUUGCCUCAAGAUUCCGACGAAAAGGAGUGUGUGUGGGAUGCUUCCCUCCCUCCUAGUGGGAAUGUUAGUCCCCAUAGCAGUAUUGAUUCAACUGGUGUUGUGACCGCUAUGAGUAUCGUGAAUAGCUGCACAAGUACGUAUAGAAGUGAAGGGGUUACUAGUGAUGGCAUGCUUAGUGUGGAGAGGAAUUGCGAGAGUACGAAGGGUAGUAGUUUUAAAGGGGAUUCGCUCGAGAGUGCAAAGACUAGCAUGAGUAGAGCAAGCGAUAGUAGUGGGCUUAGUGACGAUAGUAAUUGGAGCAAUGUAACCGGAAGUGCUAAUAAGCCCCACAAGGGAAACGACCCACGGUGGAAGGCUAUUCUUGCUGUUCGGGCUCGAGAUGGUAUAUUGGGAAUGAGCCAUUUUAGAUUGCUUAAAAGGCUUGGCUGCGGUGAUAUCGGCAGUGUUUACUUGUCAGAGUUGAGUGGAACAAGGUGCUAUUUUGCGAUGAAAGUAAUGGAUAAGGCAUCAUUGGCUAGCAGAAAGAAGUUAAAUAGGGCUCAGACUGAGAGAGAGAUACUCCAGCUUCUGGAUCACCCAUUCCUUCCGACAUUGUAUACACAUUUUGAGACGGAUAGGUUCUCAUGUUUAGUUAUGGAGUUCUGUCCUGGCGGUGAUUUGCACACGCUGAGGCAGCGGCAGCCAGGGAAGCACUUCUCUGAAUAUGCAGCAAGAUUUUAUGCUGCGGAAGUUCUCCUAGCUCUGGAAUAUCUGCACAUGCUUGGGGUGGUCUACAGAGAUCUUAAACCGGAAAACGUUCUCGUUCGUGACGACGGCCACAUAAUGCUCUCCGACUUCGAUCUGUCUCUUAGAUGUGCGGUGUCCCCAACACUGAUAAAGACGUCGUCACUCGAUCCGAAGCAAGCGGGUGGAGCAUUCUGCGUCCAACCCGCCUGCAUCGAGCCAUCAUCCGUCUGCAUCCAACCUUCGUGCUUCAUGCCCAAACUCUUCCACCAAAAGAGCAAGAAAAUAAAGACCAGGAAGGCAAGGGGGGCCGAGGGGAGCCCGUCGUCCCCCUCCGCGUUACCUGAGCUGGUGGCCGAACCAACGACCGCGCGAUCAAUGUCCUUUGUGGGGACCCACGAGUACCUCGCCCCCGAAAUAAUCAAAGGCGAAGGCCACGGCAGUGCUGUUGAUUGGUGGACCUUCGGGAUUUUUCUUCACGAGCUCUUGUAUGGAAAGACACCAUUCAAAGGGUCGGGAAACCGCGCAACUCUGUUCAAUGUGGUUGGUCAGCAGCUUAGGUUUCCGGAGGCCCCGUCGACUAGUUACGCGAGCCGCGAUUUGAUCAAGGGUUUAUUGGUGAAAGAACCCCAGCAUAGGCUGGGAGUGAAGCGGGGGGCGACGGAGAUAAAACAGCAUCCAUUCUUUGAGGGGGUGAACUGGGCGCUGAUUCGGUGCAGCACUCCACCUGAGGUGCCGAGGCCGGUGGAGGCGGAGCCGCUGCCGCUGUUAGCAAAGGCCGGGGCGGCAGCGGAGGGGACGGGCGGGAGCAGCAGUAAGAGGAUGGUCGGGGCGGAUGUGAAGUCCGGAGGCAAGUACCUGGACUUCGAGUUCUUUUAGAGGGUUUUUCUCUUUCCCUUUUUUUUCCCUCCUCUCUCUAUCUCUCUCGACGUUAUGUGGGCUAUUGUUUCCUUAUAAUUGUUGUAAUGUGUCAGUUGUUGUAGUUCUCAUGGAUGUACUUUGUAGUCCUCAAUGAUAUAUCUGACCAGUCCAAGCUGCUCCAUAUCUCAAUUGUAGACCCUCGUGAUUUUGCAUGCAAUGAAUGGAAUUGGCUUAUCCUUUUCU